AUGGCCACCGAACAACGGACUGCCGCCGUGCCCGAUGGUCAGCCCAAUCCGGGCCCCAUUGGAUCUGGCGUGAAUGUGCUGGGGGAGGAUGCUUUUUUGAAUGCCUCAAAUGCCACCCCGGACCUGCGUGGUGAGCAGGCGCAGCCUUCCAUCCUCCCUGAUGCCCCUUCCUACUUUCCUGAAUUCUCCGGGAAUCACGUCUCGCCCGUCCCGCCCACUGCCACUUCCCCCACCACCCCAGCCCAGGCAGCCAAGGACGCGAAGUCGGGCGUUGAACUGUUGCGUCGUCUGAGCCUGAGAGGGACCCCCACGAUGUUGGACACCGACCCCCGGGAACAAUAUCCCAGUUUGCGUCUUACCGGCCGAGUCAUCAGCGCUGCAUUCUGUAUCCCAUACAAGCUUUAUCUCCAUCCUGGGUCUGACUGGGAUCUGAAACCCCGGCCGGGAACUUCGGCUCUAUUUGAUUCUAUGGCCUAUCUUGGUUCUAACGAAUCGAGAUGGUCCCAUACCCUCGUUGGCUGGACUGGCGAGGUCGAGCCGGCCCAUGAGACAACGAUACCUUUGCAGCAAAUCCCCAUCAAUACGAGUGCCAAGUUGCCGCCCACCGUCAACGGCUCGGCCCUGCCCCUCAACAAGGCUGCAGCACCCGUGCCCGUGGAUGCUAGUCAACGCCAACCAAGUCAUCCCCUUCUGGAAGGCUUCAGAGUGGGUCAAGAGGAUCGAGCACGACUGGAUGUGCAGCUGAGUUCUAGCCGCUAUGGCAAAAUUGUUCCCGUCUGGUUGACAGGCGAAUCCGAAGUCCCCGACGACACGGUUUUCUUGGAUGAUCAAGGGAGAUGGCGGCGUUACGCGGAGCGGGAGCUAUACCCACUCCUUCACUACAAGCAGCACGGUCCCACAGAUGGUAAGUCGGAACGCAAGUGGUGGGCAGACUACGUUCGCAUGAAUCGUCUCUUCGCAGACCGGAUUGCCCAGGAAUACAAGGAAGGGGACAUUGUCUGGAUUCACGAUUACCACCUAUUUCUGUUGCCCAGCAUGUUGCGCCAACGCAUUCCCAACAUCUACAUUGGCUUCUUCCUGCAUGCUCCUUUCCCUAGCAGCGAGUUCAUGCGUUGUCUGGCCAAGCGCAAGGAGGUGCUUACGGGAGUCUUGGGUGCAAACAUGAUCGGCUUCCAAACGUUCUCGUAUUCUCGCCACUUCUCCUCGUGCUGCACUCGUGUCCUUGGAUUCGAUUCCAAUUCGGCCGGUGUGGACGCGUACGGUGCCCAUGUGGCUGUCGACGUCUUCCCUAUUGGUAUUGACACCAAGAUGAUUCAGAAGCUAGCCUUCGGAUCCACCGAGAUUGAGAAGGCCGUCUUGGGUAUCCGCAAAUUGUAUGCGGGCAAAAAGAUCAUCGUCGGCCGUGAUCGACUGGACAGUGUCCGCGGAGUUGCCCAGAAGCUACAAUCCUUCGAGGUAUUCCUCGAACGGUAUCCGGAAUGGCGUGACAAGGUCGUCCUGAUUCAAGUCACCAGCCCAACCAGUGUCGACGAGCAGAAAGAAGAGACCAAGAUCGCCAGCCAGAUCUCUAACCUGGUUUCCACCAUCAAUGGUCGAUUCGGGUCAUUGAGUUUCGCGCCCGUCAAAUACUACCCUCAGUACCUCUCCCCAAUCGAGUACUUUGCACUCCUGCGGGUUGCUGACGUUGGCCUAAUCACGACGGUCCGGGAUGGUAUGAACACGACAAGUCUGGAGUACAUCAUCUGCCAACAGAAUAACUUUGGGCCCUUGAUUCUUUCUGAGUUCUCUGGAACCGCAGGUACCCUGUCCAGUGCCAUUCACAUCAACCCAUGGGAUACCGUGGGCGUUGCGGGGGCCAUUAAUAAAGCCCUAACCAUGUCCCCUGAGGAGAAGAUGUCUCAGAAUCAGAAGCUCUACAAGCAUGUUACUGCAAAUACGGUAUCGUCUUGGUCAAAACAGUUUGUCACGCGUCUCCUUACCAACCUGUCGUCGUUCGACCAGUCGGUGGCGACGCCAGCACUCGAUCGUGCCAAGCUUGUGCGGCAGUAUCGCCGGGCUCGCAAGAGGCUGUUCAUGUUCGAUUAUGAUGGUACUCUCACCCCGAUCGUGAAAGAUCCGCAAGCUGCUAUUCCGUCGGAUCGUGUUCUACGGACCAUCAAGAGCCUUGCCGCAGAUCCCCGGAAUGCGGUUUGGAUCAUCAGUGGACGUGAUCAAGCCUUCCUGGACGAGUGGAUGGGCCACAUUCCCGAACUAGGAUUGAGUGCAGAGCAUGGGUGUUUUAUCCGCAAGCCUCACUCCGAUGACUGGGAGAAUCUGGCCGAACGGAGUAACAUGGGCUGGCAGAAGGAGGUCAUGGAGACAUUUCAGCACUUCACCGAACGGACCCAGGGCUCCUUCAUUGAGAGAAAACGAGUGGCCCUGACUUGGCAUUAUCGCCGUGCAGACCCCGAGUACGGGGCGUUUCAGGCCCGCGAGUGUCGGAAGCAGCUCGAAGACACCGUCGGCAAGAGAUGGGAAGUCGAAGUCAUGGCUGGCAAAGCUAAUCUCGAGGUGCGGCCGACGUUCGUCAAUAAGGGAUUCAUCGCAACUCGCCUGGUCAAUGAGUACGGAACGGGGCCUGGGCAGGCCCCUGAGUUCAUCUUCUGUUCUGGAGAUGAUUUUACUGAUGAAGACAUGUUCCGGGCAUUGCAGAAGUUCGACCUGCCGCAAGAUCAUGUCUACUCGGUCACUGUCGGUGCAAGUUCGAAACAGACAGCUGCCAGCUGGCAUCUCCUGGAGCCAGCGGACGUAAUUGAGACCGUGUCGAUGCUGAACAGUAGCUCGUGCUCCCAGGAGUAUUGA